CAGAGCUCCGGCAGCAUCGAGUCGCUAGAAUUCCCAGCGGAAGCAGCAGCAGACAUGGGGCGCCAAGAGGGCGACUACGCCUGGAAAAAAAACACCGAGAACAUUCAGGAGAUUUUCGACUUCAUAGAGGAGCUUGGCUCAGGAGCGUUUUCCGAGGUCUACAUGGUCCGAGAGAAGAAAACGGGGAAAACGUUUGCCAUGAAGUGUAUUAAGAAGAAGAAGAAGAGAGAUAUUAACCUGGAGAAUGAGAUCGCCGUGUUGAGAAAAAUCAAACACGAGAACGUUGUGGGGAUGGAGGACUUCUAUGAAAGUCGGACUCAUUACUAUCUGAUCAUGCAUCUUGUCUCAGGUGGCGAGCUCUUUGAUCGCAUUCUAGAUCGAGGCGUGUACUCAGAGAAGGAUGCCAGCAAAGUGAUCCAGCAGAUCCUGCAGGCUGUGAGCUACCUGCACCAAAGUGGCGUUGUUCAUCGAGACCUGAAGCCUGAGAACAUCCUGUAUUACAGCCAGGACGAAGACUCCAAGAUCAUGAUCAGCGACUUUGGCUUGUCAAAGAUGGCCGACAGCGGCAUCAUGUCGACAGCCUGUGGAACCCCAGGCUACGUAGCUCCUGAAGUUCUGGCACAGAAGCCCUACAGCAAGGCAGUAGAUUGCUGGUCCAUUGGAGUCAUUACCUACAUCUUACUCUGUGGAUACCCUCCUUUUUACGAAGAGAACGAGACCAGACUCUUCUCCAAGAUCAUGAAAGCCCAGUAUGACUUUGACUCGCCCUUCUGGGAUGACAUAUCUGAAUCUGCGAAGGAUUUCAUCCGUAACAUGAUGCAGAAGAAUCCCAGCAUGCGUUACACCACAGAACAGGCUCUCAGGCAUCCAUGGAUUAUUGGAAAGACAGCCAGGAGCCAGGACAUCUACUAUUCUGUUAGCGUUCAGAUCCAGAAGAACUUUGCCCAGUCCAAGUGGAAGCAAGCCUUCAAUGCAACUGUAGCCAUCAAUCACAUGAAGAAGCUGCAUCAGGCCCACACGGAGCUGGUCCGAAGGCAGGCCAGCAUCCCAGACAUCAGGGUGAUCGACGUGUCCUCGCCAACGAAACAUCGCAAAACUCUCGAUGUGGAGAAACCAGAGCCCAAGGUGGCGGACGUCAAUGGCAACAUCGAGGCGCAUCACAUGUCUCUGCCUGUGGGCCACGUGGACCUGAAGAACCACUUCCACCCACUGAAGACCUGUCAGAGCCAGGGGGUGGCGCACCACGCCCCCGCUAUAGCCGAGCAGAGAAAAAACAUCUAUCACUCCGAGCCUGCCAACCUGAACGGGUAUGCUAAAAACCGUACUGGACAGACCUUACAGACGGGUGUUUGCUCCGUCAUGUGAAUGCUGGAUGAAGUUUGAUGGAUUUAAACGUUUCUUUGGCCGGUGCUGCUGUUUUCACUCAGCACGAAGCUGUUUGGUGCCGACAGCUCCUCUGGGCUCACAGUUUAAGGCGGUGGAUCCUGUAGUGGAUACCAGUGGUCUGCACGGACCUGUCUCCAGGGUUUUAUUUGUGAAUGAGUGCCAAUGGAGAUUCUUAAUAAUCUCACUGGAGCACACGUGAGUUAGGCAGAGCAGCAGAUAUGAAACCCCUGAUCUGAUUCAUUUAGAGGAAGAUACGGUGGACUUGUUGCUGUUGGACAUAAAGCUGCCCUGGAUAUUAAGCAGCUUUAUUUAACAACUACAUGUUACCAUUCAUUGCUUGUUUCUUGGUGUAAAUUAUGUAUCUCGUCGACUCCCCCUGCCUCAUCCAACGACUCGGCAGUUGAACUGGGGAGCCAAAGGCAAUGCUCGUCAUCCGCAGCUCUUGUCUCCUUAUUGACUACCAACUUGUUUCAAGAGUUGUGACCCAAAUCGGUCUAAUUGGCCAUUUUAUUUCUCCAUUUCUGCUGUAGCAUUGUACAGGAUAGUGUUCCAAGGUUGAUCUACUUUGUUCAUUUUUUCAUGUCACCAAUGCUUGGGCUGCCGUAUGCCACUGAGGAGUUCCUAACUGGUGUUGGUCCAUCCCCCUUAAGAGUCAAUGAGCGAGGCCAGGUGGGAGGAGUCAACAUAUUUGACCAUUUAUGCACAUUUUUAGAACUGUGGUUAUUUACUAAAUAAAAUCAUCCUAAACUAUGACGACACCUCCUUUAAUGUAAAUAAUUAUAAAGCCAAACGUAUUUGUAAAUAAAAUAUGCUGACGCUUGCACCGAUGUAACCUGUCUUUAUCCUUCCGACGUUGUUUUGUCUGCUCGAACAAAUGAAUCAGUUGCAUGUUUAUUUAUUAUUGCCAAUCUUAGCCCACUAAAACCUUGUUUAUUGCUACUUUUUACUUGAACAGAAUAACUUUGUACAGAUGUUUGCUUUUGUCCCCAACGUUGAGCUGCUUUCUGAACGGUUCUUCCAUGUCUAAAUAUAGGCUCAGAAUUAAAGGCUCAACAGAAUAUUUGAAUUCAACUAAGUCAUCGUUCAAUAAAGUGAAAAAAAAAAACUUCUCAUCUUUGUUUUGUGUAAGAAAACAUUACAAACUGAUUUACUGUCAUAAAAAACAAAAACCGUGAUAACUUAAAGUUACGUUUGGGUGGUUUUAAAAGAACGAGCAGCUCAUUGCCGGGUCUGCUCUCAGAUACGGUUGUGGUCUUCAUCGGGAGGAAUUCAAGGUUGGGCAGAAUGGUGGUGAGUCGAUGGCACUGGCAUUGAUUGUUGUGUUUUCGGUCCAUCAGAAGGCGGCUUGACAGUUUCCGGUAAUUGAAGAGACGUCUGCUAAUGCUAGAUUAAAUAUUUGACUUCAAAUAUUCAAAUAUAAUACUCCCCUCCAUUCAAGAUCUGUACACCUCUAGGACAUAGAGGCGUGCAGGUCGGAUAAUAGCUGACUCGUCUCACCCUGGACACGGUCUCUUCGACUCACUCCCAUCUGGCAGAAGGCUCAGAUCCAUUCGGACCAGAACCUCUCGCCACAAAAACAGUUUCUUCCCCUCUGCAGUUGGACUUUUGAAUGAAAAUCCUAGGGCAGCCCACUCAAGUUGAUUGGUCUCAGUCACGUGACCCGAUGCUGUGCUUGAACCAUUCAACAAACACUCAGAUUAGUACCUACACGGAGUAGAUAGCUGCUUCUCUAAUUAUUGCCACUUUUUACAUUAAUAAUUUUAUCAUGAGUGUUUUAUUAGUUCUUAUAUUUGCUUAUCUCUUAAUUAAUUUUUUUCUAUUUUACCUUCUGCACCAAAAUACCGCAGCAAUUUCCUAAUGUUGUGACUUGGCACACAUAUGGCAAUAAAAACUUCUGAUUCUGAUUCUGAUUCUGAUUCAAUCUGAUAAAGAGCUUCCGACUUUUAUUUGUUC